CCUACUCCUCCUCUCUCUCUCCUCCUCAAUCGCCAUUGCUCCCCCCCCGCCCCACCCCCCAACACCAUAGCAAGCUAUGUCCCUAAUUGGGUCUCUCCCAUUCGGGGCCGAUCCGGCUCUCCUUCGUGGGAGAAGAAGGGCCUCGUGGGCCAACUCCUCCGCCUCCGCCUUUGCGCAGAGUCGUAGGGUGUGCGGUAAUGGCGGCGGGCUGUGGGCUCGGAGGGUGGGGAAAGGAGGGGUUGCGGUGGGUUUGGUGGUGGUCGGGUCGGGGGGGAGGUGGAGAGGCGGUGGCGAGGGCUUGAGAGUGGGGGCUACGGGGAAAGGAGGGAGCUCCGAAGGGGAGGAGGAGAGAGAGGGCGUUCGUAGCGUGGAUGGUGAUGGUGAUGGUGAUGAUUCCUUCAAAGCGACGAUCGAGAAGAGUAGGAAGGUUCUCGAUAUGCAGAGUAGGCUACUUCGGCAGAUCGCCGAGAGAAAGAAUCUUGUCUCAUCUAUUAAUAACACAAUUAUGAUGGAAGAGGAGGGUUCAUUUUCUUAUGUCGAGAAUGAUGAAACAUCAACCCUAAAGGUUGGUUCAAGCCAUGUAGAGUCAAAUGGGAUACACAGCGACAUUGUUACUUCUGGUGAUAUUGCGCAUGUAACUGAAUCUAAGAUACUGGAGAGAUCAAUUAUCAUUUCUGAUGGAAAACUAUCGAAGAAAGAAAAGGAAAUUGGUCAUCCUCUAGAGGAAGAAUCAGCAGAAACUGCUGCCAAAGAACCUGAAGAGGCCAAUUUAGAAACUGCUGUAUCUGAGAUUCUAGAGGAAGAAUCAGCAGAAACUGCUGCCGAAGAACCUGAAGAAGCCAAUUUAGAAACUGCUGUAUCUGAGAUUCUGUAUCGAUUUUCUACAGAAGACUCUGAAUCUGACGGUCCUAAAUAUCAGAACAUUGAACAUCAGGUGGAACCAAAGGAAGCUACUUUGGGUGUUGAAGAUGAUGCAAAUAUUGAGGGAGAGAAAAAGGAUCCAGCUCCUUUGGCAGGGGUGAAUGUUAUGAAUGUCAUAGUGGUAGCUGUAGAAUGUGCUCCUUGGUCCAAAACAGGUGGACUUGGAGAUGUUGUUGGAGCUUUACCAAAGGCUUUGGCUAGGAGAGGGCAUCGGGUUAUGGUUGUGGUUCCAAAGUAUGGCAAUUAUUCUGAAGCUCAGGAUGUAGGAGUCCGCAAGUAUUACAAGGUUUCUGGGCAGGACAUGGAAGUAAAUUAUCUGCAUGCUUACAUAGAUGGCGUGGACUUUGUUUUUAUUGAUAGUCCAAUCUUUCGUCACCGUGAGAAUAGUAUUUAUGGAGGAGAAAGACCGGACAUUUUGAAGCGGAUGAUUUUGUUAUGCAAGGUAGCUGUAGAGGUACCAUGGUAUGUUCCCUGUGGUGGUGUCUGUUAUGGAGAUGGCAAUUUAGCUUUUAUUGCAAAUGAUUGGCACACAGCACUGUUGCCUGUUUACCUUAAAGCAUUCUAUCGUGACAACGGCUUGAUGAAAUAUGCUCGAUCUGUUCUUGUGAUACACAAUAUCGCCCAUCAGGGUCGUGGUCCGCCGGACGACUUCCUUCACAUGGACUUGCCAGAUCAUUACAUGGAUCUCUUUAAGCUAUACGACCCUGUUGGGGGCGAUCAUUGCAAUAUUUUCGCAGCCGGUAUAAAGACUGCCGAUCAAGUGGUUACCGUCAGCCAUGGUUACGCCUGGGAGAUCAAAACAUCUGAAGGUGGGUGGGGCUUGCACAAUAUCAUAAACGAGAAUGGCUGGAAAUUGCGAGGCAUCGUUAACGGGAUUGAUACAACAGAAUGGAACCCAAAAUACGAUGUGCACUUAAAAUCCGAUGGGUACACAAAUUACACCCUGGAAACUUUAGAAACUGGCAAGCCCCAAUGCAAGGCCGCUUUACAGCGCGAGCUUGGCCUCACAGUACAGGACAAUGUACCCUUACUUGCUUUUAUAGGGCGAUUGGACGGCCAAAAAGGCGUCGACCUCAUUGCAGAGGCCAUCCAUUGGAUAGUAAGUCAAGAUGUUCAGUUAGUCAUGUUGGGCAUGGGGCGGCGUGAUCUCGAGGAUAUGUUGAAGAAAUUUGAAAGCCAAUAUCACAACAAAGUUAGAUGCUGGGUGGGAUUCUCUGUAAGGUUGGCGCAUCGGAUCACGGCGGGGGCAGAUAUACUUAUAAUGCCGUCGAGGUUCGAACCAUGCGGGCUGAACCAGCUUUAUGCGAUGAAAUAUGGGACUAUUCCGGUUGUCCACGCAGUCGGUGGGCUUAGAGACACUGUGGUCCAGUUCGAUCCGCUUAGGGAAACUGGGCUUGGUUGGACCUUUGAUAGGGCAGAGACAUGCAAGCUGAUCGAUACAUUGGGCAAUAGUUUGAAAACAUAUCGGUACUACAAGGAGAGUUGGAAGGGACUUCAAAACCGGGGUAUGUCGCAGGAUCUGAGCUGGGAUAAUGCUGCUCAGCAUUACGAAGAGGUCCUCGUUGCGGCUAAGUACCAGUGGUGAUUCAUUGUCCAUCAAAAGUUUGCUGAUUUGCCGCAGGUUAUUAUCUCAUUCCCCUGCCAUGGGAGGGUUGCUUUCUCUGAGACUUGUGAAGUGUUUUAUUUUAUCUUUUUUUUUUUUUUUUUUUUUUUUUCUGUACUAAUCUUCUCCGAAUCUAUCCAGAGAGGAAGGAAAGAGUGGCUGGAAAAUGAGGUAAACAUGGUAUACAUUAUGUACUAGUCUUUGUUGAUUCGCGCGAACUUUUCAUUACAACUUUUUUAUGGAGUACACCUCUUUAUUUCUGAACUA